AUGGCUAAUUUUCCAAAGCCAUGGAAGGUGGAGUACGCCAAGUCGGCUCGAUCGUCCUGCAAGAUUUGCCAGAAAAUCAUCGCCAAAGAGGUACUCAGGCUCGGCAAAAUGGUCCCAGCCACUCGAUUGACGGUUUCAUGCCUCAUUGAUGAUGUUGAAGGUGUAGAGUCGCUCCGAUGGGAAGAUCAGCAGAAACUUAGGAAAUAUGUGGAGAGUUGUGAUGGCGGUCCCCCUGGAAAAAAGGCCGCCAAAGUGGAAUAUGGUAUUGAACUCUCACAAACUUCACGUGCUCCUUGCAAGGGCUGCAAACAAAGGAUUAAGAUUGGAGAGGUGAUUGUGUGCUCUUUAGAGAAGUUGUCUGGAUGGGAAAGUCUCUCAGCUUCUGACCAGGAAGCAGUUCAAUCACUAGUCAAGAAGGUUCCUUCUACUGCAGAGACUGGAAUUAUAUUUGUCUCUGGUUACUGUCUCUGUCUCAUUGUUGUCGUCUUCUUGGGCAUUAAAGAUGAGGGAAAAGAAGAGGAAGAACUGCCACAAUCAACUGUCAAAGCUGGUGGAAAACGUAGAAAUGAUGUUGGCAGGGAUCAGAAGUCAAAAUUUGCCAAGGGUAAAGGAGAUAUGUCGACUAGCAGGGCUGCAUUGACUAAGAAAGAUUGUGAUUUCGACAGUAAACUUGAGGCACAAUCCAAAGAAUUGUGGGCUUUAAAGGAUGACCUCAAAAAGCAUGUGACGGCAUUAGAGUUGCGUGCAAUGCUCGAAGCCAAUGGCCAAAAUUCUACUGGAUCAGAACUUGAUUUGCGUGACCGAUGGUAUUAUUGUUCUAGCUGGGGGUUUGAGCCUGGGACAGCUAGUGCUAAAAUGAGUUGGUUUAAAUCACAAAAGAGUAGUAAACCAGUUAGGAUUCUUCCUCCAACAUCUGACAACCCGUUUGGAAGCCAAGAAACUAACACCAAGCCUCCUUCAGAGAGUGAGAGUUUGGGAGAUUUAAAAGUCGCUGUUGAUGAGUGCCAAUUGGAAUAUGUGGAAGAAUGGAAGGGAAAAAUCGAUGGAGUGGGUGGACAGUCUGAUGCCAAGAUCAAGAAAGAUACAAACUGCUUGGCUGUGAGUGGAGCAAUGUUUGCUGAUAUUAGGAAAGCAAAGAGAACGAAAUUACCAAUCGUCAGGGAAGAUUAUUUGGUUGACUGUCUUAAAAGAAAAAAGAAGCUUCCAUUUGAUUCAUACAAAGUUGAAGCUCUAUGUGGCUCUAGUGUGGUUACUGUCAGAGUAAAAGGGCGAAGUGCAGUGCAUGAAUAUUCUGGUAUGCAAGAAACUGGUCACAUCCUUGAGGAUGGGAAAAGCAUCUAUAACACAACUUUGAACAUGUCUGACCUAUCAACUGGUGUUAACAGGUUUGCUUGGUUUGGAACCAGACUGUUCCAUGAUUGGUUGUUUCGGCUGACAUCUGUAUUACUCAAUGAUUAUGGAGUACCCAAACAGGUGACCAGAAAAAGCAGAAACCGAACUGACAGCAAGCUUGCUCCUCCUGUAAUUAAAUUGAUGAAGAUGCUCUUUAAUGUUGAAAGAUACAGAGCUGCAAUGAUGGAAUUUGAGAUUAACAUGUCAGAAAUGCCACUUGGAAAGCUGAGCAAAAGCAAUAUUCAGAAUGGUUUUGAGGCUUUGACAGAGAUCCAGAAUUUAUUCAAUAGUAAUGCUCAUGAUCCUUCUGUCAAAGAGAGCUUGAUAAUUGAUGCCAGCAAUAAAUUUUUCACUGUGAUCCCUUCUAUUCAUCCACAUGUUAUAAGACAUGAAGAUAAUUUUAAGUCAAAGGUGAAAAUGUUAGAAGCUCUCCAGGAUAUUGAGAUAGCUUCAAGACUAGUUGGUUUCGAUGCCAAUAGUGAUGAAUCCCUUGAUGAUAAGUAUAAGAAGCUCCAUUGUGGUAUAUCCCCUCUUCCUCAUGACAGCGAGGACUAUCAGUUGAUUGAGAAGUAUCUCCUGACUACUCAUGCCCCUACUCAUACGGAUUGGAGGCUUGAACUGGAGGAAGUUUUUUCAUUGGAGAGAGAAGGGGAAUUGGAUAGGUUUGCUCCCUGUCGAGAAAAACUCAAGAAAAAAAUGCUACUGUGGCAUGGUUCUCGGUUGACAAACUUCGUGGGAAUACUUAGCCAAGGACUUAGAAUAGCUCUUCCUGAAGCUCCACCAACUGGCUAUAUGUUUGGCAAAGGGAUUUACUUUGCUGACCUUGUCAGUAAGAGUGCUCAGUAUUGUUAUACUGCUGACAAAAAUCCUGUGGGACUAAUGCUUCUUAGUGAAGUUGCCUUAGGGGAGGUCUGCGAGCUGAAGAAGGCAAUGUAUAUGGAAAGCCUUUCUGAGGGAAAGCACUCUACAAAAGGACUUGGAAAGAAAGUGCCCCGGGAGUCAGAAUUUGUGAAGUGGAGGAAUGACGUCAUUGUUCCUUGCGGCAAACCAGUGGGUUCAAAUGUCAGGGCUUCUGAGCUGAUGUACAAUGAGUAUAAUGUCUAUAAUACGGAUCAAGUUUCAUCGCAAGAGAAGAUGGCGAAGCUGAAGGUUAGUAAAGUAAGGUAG